CAUUCACGUAAAAACAAAAUUAUUUGUGUCUUUCGAUAAUUCCCGUCAAUAUGGCGGGGCAAAAUCCAGGUUCGCCAACUGACUUUCAGUAUUUUUACGAGGAUGAAGUGUAUAAAAUCAACAACAGCGGCCAAGUGGUUUUUGGUCUUGUACUUGAGAACUAUGAAGCCAACUUGAGUGAUCAAGAAAGCGACACUGAAACACCCAUUCAAAAAGGCGAAAUUCGUGUUGUCUGGCACCCAUCCGGCACCGAACGAGUUAUAUCCGAGAAAUCUGUGGGCCUGUCUGACAGGUCUCUCAUGCCUGGAGAUGUAGUCCGUCGAAUGAUAGCUGGCAAGGAUACGCAGAGAGGCUACUGCAGAGAAAUUAUAAUGACUGCAGCACUUCAAAUUGUAGGCACAAAACAUGUCAUUCCCAAUGUGGCUAGUGAAAGACUGCAACCUUUGGAGGAAUUCACCCCUGAUCUUGCUGUGUGCCUCGAUUCCUGGGUUGGCACAUCAAAGGCUGUCCAUAGCAAACUGCGUCUUGUAUCUGCUGAUGGCUCCAGGCUGGAAUACCCUGAUCUUGACAGCUGCCCUCUUGAGGACUACUCUAUGCGCCGGCGCCGUUCCACACCCUACUCCUCAUCAGAGUUCUAUCCUGGCCAGGUGGUCUAUGGACCCUUGGGCUCUCUGGAUAAUGCCAACUGGUUACAUGUCACUAAGGAGAUGAAGGCAGCAAGAAAGCAUAAGAUGCAUGAUCAUAAGUUCACAGUCGAAGCGGUAGUAACGGAGAGCGUCAGUGUGCAUUGGCAAUGCCGUGCACUGUGCACGCACCCCUCAGAUCAAGCUCAGCCACAGCAACCUAAAUUUCUUGUUGAAGGUGAUGAUCUGAGAAACUUAAAAUUACUAAAUGUCUUCGAGCCAUGCACACUGCAGGUCGGUGAUAGGAACUUCCUCACUAUUGGCCCUGAAGACACUUUUAUCACCAAGAAGCAAUGGCGGAAACAACAGAGUAAAUAUUAUAGAAAUAUUCGCAAGCAAACGAAGCCUACGCGGAAAUCCUCUAAGUCAGAGACUAACUCAACUGAACAUAUGCCAUCAAGACCUAAGAAACGAGCUUCUUCACACCGCAAGAUUAAGGCUGCUGAUACCGAUAUGGAAGUAGAUACGGAAGAUAACAUAGAACCAGAUGACACUUUGAAGACUGAAAGCACUUGUCCAACUAUCAAGGUGGAAUCUAGCGGAGAUGUGAACUCGUUGCCUGUGGCCAGCAGUUUGGAGGAUACCAUCACAGAAGAGAAAAAUGAUUCUGGCAUUAGCCCGGAGCCAGCAAAAGAGGACAGUUCGUUACUGAACGGCGAUAGCAAGUCCUUGGAGACGGCCUUAAACGACGAUGACUCCGACAAUUGGGAGAACACUAGCAGCGACGGCAGUGACACUGACAGUGGGGCCACGUGGUCAUCUCGGUGCUCGUCGGCGGCGUCGCAGCGCGGCAAGCGCUCGCCGCAGCUGGCGGUGCGGCUGCUGCGCGGCAAGCGGCUCAAGCGGGCCGUGCGCCGCGCGCCGCCGGCGCCGCCGCCGCGCCUCGGCGACCGCGUCGUCGUCGAGACGCUGCACACCACCUCGCGCGCCAACGUCGUCUGGCAAGACGGCACUAUCGAAAUGGACAUACCGUCGACGCAGCUAUACCCGAUUCAUCACCUGGACGGACAAGAAUGCUUCCCGGGAGAUUUUGUCGUCAGUGGUGCCGCGAAUCUCGAAGAUAACCAGCAGCUAAAGCACAGAGAGUAUGGCGUGGUACAACGUGUGGACCAUCAUGGACGGACCGCCAUAGUGCAUUGGUACCGCACUUACACCAGUGCCGACGAGCCUGUACCCCAAAUGCUACACGAGAGUGAAGUGAGCGUGUACGACCUAAAGGACCACCCGGACUUCCAAUAUCGACCUGGCACGGUAGUCAUUCGCGUCGCCAACUUUACCGGCGAAGACUCCAACUGCACUGCUGGACAGGUCAUCGACAAUUUUCCGUCUGGCCGCGUCAAAGUGUGGUGGGUGGAUGGUCAUACUAGCAUGUGCUGGCCACAGGAUCUUUAUAAGGUUGGCGAGUAUGAUUCCGAGGACGGUGAGCUGUGGGGCUCCGAGGGUUCCGCGUCUGACGACUCGUGGGAGACGCAGAGCUCGGCGCACGACAACGAACCGCCCACGCCGACUCAGCCGCUUAACGAACCGCCCAAGUUCCCUGCACUGCCCCCUACGCCACCGGAGGAGGCAGCACCGGCGAUGGUCGAGGUGCCGUCCGCUGCGAUCGUACCGCGGCUGCUGGAGCCACGAGUGGCGCAACACAUAGAGAGAGGACGGGUUGCCAUGCGACGCCUUGAAGAGAUGUUCGCUAAGCAUCCCACACUGCAGAGCCAAGAGAUCAUGCGUAAACUUCUCAAUCUGUAUAAGGAUUGUCGGUUCUUAGACCGGCUCAUGGGCACUUCGUUCUUCCACGAGGAUCAUUUCUUGGGUCUUUUAGAACGAGUGCGUGAACGUGGUGCAACCACACCUUGCGCAGGCGAGAGGCGCGUCCACGAACAACUCGCGCGACUGUUUUCCAACGAGCCGUCGGCUGAGGCGACGCCCAUCGAUGCCAUGUCUAUCGACGAAGAGGACAAGCCUACUCGCACUAUCAUCACAACUAAUGUCUGCGUUGAACCCAUGGAGGUUGAAAGUACUCCGUCAAAGAAGGAUCUACACUUGAACAUCGACCCGGCUCAGGCGUCGGGAUCCGAUCAAAACCUUUCAAAGGAGCCUUCGGGCAGUGAAAACGCUGACGAGGCAACCGACGUGGACGGGACGACUCGCAACGUUUGCUACAAGCUGUGCUCGCUGAUCCAUCAACAAUUGAUCAAGGCGCAUGCCGAAGUUAGCCGGAGAAGGCCGCAAGAGUUGGCCGAAUUCCUUAACGGCUUAAUGAGAAAUCAAAACGCGACUAAGGAGAAGUUACCCUACCACUUUUCAGUUCAAUACGGCGCGUUGGUAGUAAGCCUGGCCGAGGAGGAGAAAGACAAACCGGCUGGUGAGACUAAGAACGAAGGGAACGCCAGCGGCAAAUCCGAUGAAAAUCCGGCACCGAUAGUGCCCGAUACGGCACCGCUAGCAACAGCCGAAGGCGCCGAAUUAGAAGGAGAUACGGACUCCUUAAACGCUGCUAAUGCCCUUGGAGGGAGCGAGACAAAAGAUGACGGCGAAGGCUUCUGUGUUUUGGAGAGUGCACCGAGUGGUCACCGCUUCCGUCUUUCUAUUCUGCAGCCGUCUGAACCACGGACUUUCUACUCGGCUGUCAAGCGUGAAAUUAAGCUGCUCAAGAGUGAUUUGCCUCCUGGAGUAUGGGUUCGCGGGUACGAAGACCGCAUCGACCUUCUGUCGGUGAUGAUCGCCGGGCCUACAAAGACGCCGUACGAAGACGGGCUGUUCGUGUUCGACGUGCAACUCGGAGGGGAGUAUCCGCGCGCGCCGCCACUUUGCCACUAUCACUCGUACUGCACAGACCGCCUUAACCCCAAUCUAUAUGAAGAUGGCAAGGUGUGCGUGUCUCUACUGGGCACGUGGUCGGGGCGCGGUGUGGAAGUGUGGGGCAAGGACAGCUCGCUGCUGCAAGUGAUCGUGUCACUGCAAGGGCUUAUUCUCAAUGCUGAGCCCUACUUCAACGAGGCAGGAUACGAAAGGCAGAAAGGACCGAUCGAGCUGGAGUGUCGGUAA